AUGCAGAAGAAAACCAUAACCGAUGCUCAGACUACAGCUUCCAGCAGUUGGAACUCUGCACACGGCCCAUCCAAUGCCAGGCUCCAUUUCCGGAGUGGACAUGGUAAAACUGGCGCAUGGUCGGCCAGAACUAAUGACAAAAAUCAGUGGCUGCAAGUGGAUCUUGGCAAAAAAUUGGAGGUGACAGCAAUACAGACACAGGGACGAUACGACGCUAAUCAAUGGGUCAUGAGCUACACUGUUUCCUACAGCAACGACGGCAAAACCUUCCAUCCCUAUCAGAAUCACAAGGUAUAUGAAGCCAAAUGAAACCCGUGACAAAAGCAAAGCAGGCAGUUACGUGAAAGUUCGAAAUAGCGUCGCCAGUAUGAAAAAAAAAAACUGCCCCUUGUAAAGUCAUCCCGAUCCCCGAAUUCGGGAUCCGGAAUCCAGAAUCCAGGGCUUUGGAAUCCGGACUUCAGCUCAAGGUAUCCAGAAUCCUGCUAACAAUUGGAAUCCGUAAUCCAUGAGUUCCAGUGACAAGAAAUCUAGAUUCCAUGUCCUGGAUUCCAGCCUGAAUCCAAGUCUGUCUUGUGUUACCUUACAUGGGGCGAAAUGAAACUCCCCCUUUUAUUAAACACCCCUCUCCCUCAGAAGAGAAGGAGAGGGAGCUUUGUACCAUUCACGUCAACAUGUUUUGUUACUACUGGCACUGAUACGUUUAGUCGCUUGAAUGAAAUAAGUGCAAUUUCAUAGGCGACCCCUCGCGGCGCAGACAAUGAAGUAAGCACCCCGGGUGCUAAUUUGAACCUUUGUUGCAUCUAAAUUUUACUUGCAGGAUUUACCCAAUUUUUUCUCUCCACAAAAAGGAAAACACGCAAAAUUUAUUAUGACCAGGAUCUUUAAAGUUUAAUAACAUUUCAUUUACCGCUGCAGGUUUUUCAGGCAAACCGGGACCGUCACACUGUGGUUAAGAACAAUUUGCAGCCUACCAUAGUUGCACGCUACAUUCGGGUACAUCCUAAGACAUGGUAUAGCCAUAUUUCUAUGAGGAUGGAACUCUUGGGAUGUCCGUUUGGUAAGUACUGA